UCGUAUUGCUGUUUUAUAAAGAUGUCGUUUAAUCGUGAAUACGCUCAUCGCCCGCCAAUUCCCACAGCAGAACAGAUAAUGGAGGAUUUCAAUUUGGCAAAGGGCAGAGAAUUCACAGAUCCAGUAUUCAAUCUGUCAAAGGAUGAAAUCAGUAUUCGUGGAAAUGACGAUAAGGAUGAUGACAAAGAUUUAUCACCGGGCACAAAACAAAAGAAAGGGGAACAGCUGAAAGAAAUCGAUGACACAUAUAACAAAGUUGAGGAAUUCCUGGAACAGAACAAAGAUUUGAGAAAAUCAAUCAUCAAGAUGAAUGAACUCUCUCAAGAGCUUCAUGCAAAGAAGGAGAACCUUACACUGCUUAUUUCAAAUAUAAGUGAAAAUAUGCAAGAAAAGGAAAUAUAGAAUUGACUUUAUGGGACAGAAAU